AUGCGGUGCGUCCACGGCAGCCUCACGUCAGCACUUCAGCGCGCUCAUACUGAGCGACAGAGAGGAAAGCGAGCUCUCUAUGCCGGCAGCCCGAGGCAGCACCGCCGGUCACAUCUGAAACUUGUCGCACUGUGCAUGACAGCUUAUUUCAAAGCAUGGAUUUGGACGCGGAUUGUUGUCAUUUUGGAUGACGCUCGUACAACUUUGCAUUAAAUCACGGCUUGCUGCAGACAGCCCCGCCUUGUGACACCUUGCGAACCGACACCGGCUUUCUCCCUCAUCACACUGUUGUCCAUUUAUUGACGGAUUUCUGUGCGACUGCUGCGUAAUAUGAUCUGGGCUGGGCGCCGGGCUCUGGGCUGAACGCAUGCACGAACGCGGAACAUGGAUAGAUAGCGCGUUUCUCUCUUCUGCGUUUCUCAGUGUAAUCAGCGCCUUUCUCAAUGGAUGAGGAAAUAGACACCCGCAAGAUCAACAACAGCUUCCUCCGAGACCACAACUAUGCAACUGAAGCUGACAUCAUAUCCACAGUUGAGUUCAACUCGACAGGAGAACUUCUGGCCACUGGGGACAAAGGUGGACGAGUGGUGGUCUUCCAGAGGGAACAGGAGAGUAAGAACCAGCCUCACCGUCGGGGGGAGUACAAUGUUUACAGCACCUUUCAGAGCCACGAGCCCGAGUUUGAUUACUUGAAAAGUCUGGAGAUUGAGGAGAAGAUCAACAAAAUACGCUGGCUGCCACAACAGAAUGCCGCCUAUUUCCUCCUGUCCACCAAUGAUAAAACUGUGAAGCUAUGGAAAAUCAGCGAACGAGACAAACGACCAGAGGGCUACAAUCUGAAGGAUGAAGAAGGCAGGAUACGGGACCCCACCACCAUCACAGCUCUGAGGGUGCCUGUGUUGAGGCCCAUGGACUUGAUGGUGGAGGCAACACCACGUCGCAUUUUCUCUAAUGCUCACACCUAUCACAUUAACUCCAUCUCGGUCAACAGCGACUAUGAGACAUACAUGUCCACAGACGACCUGAGGAUCAACCUAUGGAACUUGGAGAUUACAAACCGAAGCUUUAAUAUUGUGGACAUAAAGCCAGCCAACAUGGAAGAAUUGACCGAGGUGAUCACAGCGGCUGAGUUUCACCCUAACCAGUGCAACACAUUUGUCUACAGUAGCAGCAAGGGCUCCAUAAGACUGUGCGACAUGAGAACAUCCGCACUUUGUGACAACCACUCUAAAUUAUUUGAGGAACCAGAAGACCCCAGUAAUCGCUCCUUCUUCUCUGAGAUCAUCUCCUCCAUCUCAGAUGUGAAAUUCAGCCACAGUGGACGCUACUUGAUGACCCGUGACUACCUCACAGUGAAGGUGUGGGACAUCAACAUGGAGAGUAAGCCCUUGGAAACUUACCAGGUCCAUGACUACCUUAGGAGUAAGCUAUGCUCACUGUACGAGAAUGACUGCAUCUUCGACAAGUUUGAAUGUGUCUGGAAUGGAACUGACAGUGUCCUAAUGACAGGCUCCUACAACAAUUUCUUCCGCAUGUUCGAUCGGAACACUAAGCGGGACGUGACUCUGGAGGCCUCACGGGAAAACAGCAAACCCAGAGCCAUCCUCAAGCCACGCAAAGUUUGCGUCGGUGGCAAGCGCCGUAAAGACGAAAUCAGUGUAGACAGUCUGGACUUCAGCAAGAAGAUCCUACACACUGCAUGGCACCCCAACGAGAACAUCAUCGCCGUGGCCGCCACCAACAACCUUUAUAUAUUUCAGGACAAGGUCAACUAGCAUGUAGCUUGGAUGUCUUCAGUUAUCACAGCGACAGGAGGCACUAUUUGGGAGCAAAGGUUGGACUCACUAGCAGUGAACUCGUGAGGAACAUCUAGGCUUCGCCUUUUACAGCAGAUACGACACUGAAUCUAACAAACCACAGACUAUGACACUGGCUGUUGGACUGCUUUUGUUUUUAAUUACUUUAAAUGUCCCUCGGUAUAGGUUUAUUGGUUAUGCGCAGCAAUACAAAAAGGAUUCUCUUACUUUAAAUGUCAGUAAAGACCCUUUCACAUGACUCAUGUCAGUGAUGGCGCAUCAUUCGAACUCCAUCAGCAGAUAAAGAGUCCUGCUGACUGCUUUGAGUGAAGGAAAAUGAAUGUUUCUCUGAAUGUCAUGCAAUGCCUUUGAAAUUGAGCACAGGCACAGCCGCUUCCAUCUUGCUUUGAUUUUUGUGCUGGCGUCAUGCGUUUUGAAAGAUCAAAUCAAAUUUGACGUUGAAUACUACAGUGUUUGAAACUGACACUUCACACUGUUGUGUGCAAUGCACAGAAGACUCAUAUGAAAGGGCCUUAAGAUAACAAGAGGAAAUGUUUCAAAUGAGUCAGUAUUCAGGCUACAUCUUGGCAGGACAGAGGAUGCAGAUGGUUUUGAUAACUGAAUAUGUUGUUGUGGCUGCUGUGGCCGUGAGGUGUCCAACUUUUCAGCUUCUAAAUUUUCAUUUCUCAUUUUACUUUAUGAAGGUGCAUGCAUCAUUUCCAAACCCAGCCUAUGGGUUGAUUGAUGCAACAAACAGGAAUGGUGUAAAACUGAAGUAAACAAUGUAGCAAAUGUACUAAUGUUCUGCUUUUUUUGUUCUAAUUUUAUAAAGAAAAGGGGAAAAAUGUAAUAAAAAAAAAAAUCAAGAG